AUGUACACUUUAUUAGGUAAUGUUCUUGUUAAUACUUCAUUAACAAUUCUAAUGGAUGAUUUAACUGGUAAUGGUUUGUUUGCUGUAAUUGGAUCUACAAUUGGUAUUACAUUGCUUGGCGAAAUUAUGCCGCAAGCUGUAUGCUCACGUAAUGGAUUAGCUAUCGGUGCUAAAACACUUUGGUUAACAAAAUUGUUCAUGUUGCUUACAUUUCCUAUUGCAUUCCCUAUAAGUUUUUUAUUGGAUAAAAUAUUGGGUGAAGAAAUCGGUCAAGUAUAUAGUAGAGAAAAACUUGGAGUUCUUAUACGUGAACAAGCAUUAGCUGGAACAGUAGCAACAGAUGAAAUGAAUAUUAUUACUGGUGCAUUAGCUUUAACUACUAAAACUGUAGCUGAUGUAAUGACACCAUUAUCUGAUGCAUUCAUGUUAUCUUAUUCAGCUAAUUUAGAUUUUCAUACAAUGAAUGAAAUUUUCUCAAAUGGUUAUACACGUAUACCAGUUUAUGAAAAUGAUCGACAAAAUAUUCGAUCUGUAUUAAAUGUAAAAGAUUUAGCUUUUAUUAAUACAGAUGAUAAAGUUCCAGUAUCAACUGUUUGUGAUUUUUAUAAUCGUUCAAUUAUUAUUGUAUUGGAUACAACUAAUUUAGGAAUGAUGUUAAAAGAAUUUCGUCAAGGAAGAGCUCAUAUGGCAUUUGUUGAGCGUUUAGUAACAGAAGGUGACUGUGAUCCAUAUCGUGAAAUGAUUGGUCUAGUUACACUCGAAGAUGUUAUUGAAGAAAUUAUUCAAGCUGAAAUAGUUGAUGAAACAGAUAUUUUAACUGACAAUGUACAUCAUCAAGUGAGACAAGUGCGUAAAAGAGAUUUUCGAAUGUUCGGUUUACAUGAUUCUCAGGGUAAAUCAAGAUUAUCACCACAAUUGAAAAUUGCAGCUCUACGGCAUUUAGCCUCAGAAGUGAAAUCAUUUGAAGAGAAAUAUAUUUGUUAUUCUGUACUACAAAGUUUCCUUAAUGCAAAUAUUGUUGGUGAAUGUAUUUACAAUCCAAAAGAUGAUGAAGCAAAUACUUUGUAUCAUAUGGGUCAAUGGUCAAAUUAUGCUAUUCUUUUAUUGCAAGGACGUGCUAUUGUUCAAAUUGGUGUUGAAGGAUUAAUUUUUGAAGCUGGACCCUUUCUUAUGUUUGGUGAAGCUGUUUUAAAACGUGUCAAUGAAUUAUUUCCAAAUCCUUCUGAAAAUAUGGAUCCAUCUAUUCAAUCAGCACGUUUAGCAUCGGAAGCUCGAUUUCUACCUGAUUAUACUUUAAAAGCUUGUUCUAAUUUACAAUAUUUAAAAAUAUCAGCAGAACAUUAUCUGUUAGCUAGACGAUUAACUGUAUUACAUCAACGGGCUAGUUCACCUCUUGAUGUUACCGGUAAAUAUCCAAUAAAUUUAUCAGAAAAAUUUCAUGAAAUUAAAUCAUCAAAUGGUUGUAUUGAUUCAUUACAUCCAUCUAUUUUUUAUGAUGGUCAUGAUAUGUUUCAGAAUGCAUGGAAUCAUCAUAUGAAUCGUUUACAAAAAUCAUCAUUAGCUGAAGCUUAUGCUUCUACAAUUAACAACAAUAACAAUAAUCAUGUUAGUAUUAAAUCAAUAUCAUCUUCACCAUCUUCAGAUUGUACAAUAAAAGCGGCGACAACAUACUCUACUAGUACAACUAAUACUACUAAUAGUACUACUCCGGACAUAUCAACUGUAAUUAAUACGACAAGUCGUAAAACCAUAAAUAAUAAUAUUAAUAAUGUAGAAAAUGCUAUUCCAGAUAGUACUACUUAUAUAGUUAGUACAGCCUCUUAUACUGAACCUCAUACUACAGUUAAUGAUAGUAGAGACAGAAGUGGUAGUAUAAAUAAUAAUAAGACUGAUAAAAACAAUCCUCAUCAUCAUAACAACGGUACAACCGGUAAUCAUACUAAUGACAGUUUUAACAAUACUACUACUUCUACUACUACCACUACUACUCCCAGUAACAGUAAUAACAAUAAAGCUCCGACGAAACUGUAUGUCUCUUAUGAAGAUUUAAAUAAAGCUAAACCUGAAGAAUUACAAGCAUUUGUUCCAUCUAUUGUAAUUAAUACUAAUAUGAAUAAACCUCUUCCUAAGUUUAAUGAUGGUGGAGAUGGACGUGUAUGA